CGUUGCUGCUCUCAGGAGACCCCAAAGUUGUCAAACGGGUUAUGAAGGAAAUGUUGCAUGUUUUAUGACACCAUACCAUGUUUGAACUUGGAAUGCAGCACGUCUGUGACAAGAAAACAUCAUUUUAUUGAUGCAACGUUGAGGUCAGGUUGGGGUUGCUGUGUGGGAAUGGGAGCUUUCCCUCGCUGGUCCAAAUGGCGAGUAAAGGGAGCGACGAGGUGGACAAACUGAAGACAAAGUUCAUGUCAAUGUGGUACAGUGUGAAGUACAGUUGGGCACUUAAAUCCAAGACUGCAUUUAGUAGAAAAUCCCCAGUGUUUCUUCUUGGGAAGUGCUAUAAUUUACAGGCAGAAGAUAAAUGUGCCACUGUAGACUUGCUUGAAGGCUCUGAGAACCUCGUCAUGGGGAACUUAGAGGCUUUCCGACAGGAUUUUGCAUCUCGUUUGUGGCUGACGUACCGGGAAGAUUUCCCUCCACUGCCAGGCAGCACCCUGACCACAGACUGUGGCUGGGGCUGCAUGCUGAGGGCUGGGCAGAUGAUUAUGGCUCAGGGUCUUGUUCUGCACUUCUUGGACAGAGACUGGAUUUGGCCAGAGGCGCACUCCCUCGAGGCCUUAGAUGUAGAAACGCGGACCAGCACAGCGGCUAAGCGAUUUGUCGCCUCUCUGCAGAGCACAUCCAGGAUUUCUGAAAGCAGACUGUCUCUUGUACCUCAAGCCCAAGCAGAAGAAGCAGAUGCACAGUUAAAGGAGAUGUACCACAGAAAUCUGGUGUCCUGGUUUGCAGACAUCUCCUCAGCUCCACUGGGUCUGCACAGACUGGUUCAUUUAGGAAUGAGGAUUGGAAGACGGGCAGGGGACUGGUACGGUCCAGGGAUGGUGUCACACAUGUUGAAGGAUGCUGUCAAGGAAGCGAUGGAGCCUGGCUUGGAGGGUAUAACUGUCUACGUCUCCCAGGACUGCACAGUGUACGAUGAGGAUGUCCUGGACUUGCACAAGGCUGUGAAAGCAGGAGAAGCCUCUGGUGAGACAGCAGCCAGUCCUCCUGUUGCAGAACACAGCCAACUGUCAACCUCCACACCGCCAGAGUACCAAGCAGUCAUCAUCCUCAUCCCUGUGAGGCUGGGAGGAGACAAGACAAACCCAGAGUAUUUUGACUUUAUAAAAAAGAUAUUGCGUCUGGAGUACUGCAUAGGCGUCAUUGGAGGGAAGCACAGGCAGGCCUUCUACUUUGUGGGAUUUCAAGACGACAGCUUGAUUUACAUGGACCCUCAUUACUGUCAGUCUUUUGUGAAUGUCAGCGCCAGCGAUUUCCCUCUCCAGUCAUACCAUUGCCCCUCACCAAAGAAGAUGCCUUUCAGCAAGAUGGAGCCAAGCUGCUCUAUAGGUUUCUACUCUAGGAAUCCUCAAGAUUAUCAGAGAUUCAGGGAAGAAAUGUCCAAGUUGGUGGAGCCGUCACUGCAGGGGAAAUAUCCGGUGUUUACUUUUAUGCAAGGUCGCAGCGCAGAGCAGGAAUGCCCCUUUAGGGAAAGGUACAGAACCUUCGCCACAGUUGGAGACUUUGUGCUUCUCUGACAGCCCAGUUUGGUACAAGAAAUGUUCACACAUAACAAUCCUAGCUGUUGAAAUUCUCUGCAUUAUGUCUGGCAGUGCAAACAGUGAAUUAUUUUUGGGAAGUUCAUUGACAUGUGUUCUACUGACUCUAAAUUCAUAUUUUUUUAAAAUGCAGAAUUAAUAAGAAAUGUGUAUAUUUUGCAUCACUAUUUGUAUUUUUGUAGUCGGUAUGUUUUUGUCAAAGUGGUUCAGACCUUAAGUUGGGUUUCAUUUGUAAAAUUGAUGUAAAAAACAAAAUCCAACUUUGGAAGGUCAAACGCACAGAUGAAAUCACAGCUUGCACUGCUUUUGAUAGAACAUUGUUUUGUCUAAACUAGCUGAAGUCUGCAGAGUGAUUUAAAAGCCAUAAUAUUUUGAACAAAAUUAUAAGUCAUUUUAAAAGUUUUUUAAUUUUUUUUAAAUGAAACCCAAGGUUUAGGAUUUAGUCAUAUUAGUAUAACUCUGACUUGGUCCUGUUCUUUCAAUUCCAACAGUGUCAUGCAAACGUGUUUAGAAUAGGAACGUGGUGCUAGUAAAUACUAAGUCAUGUUGUGCCAACUUACAAUAGUAGUGCAACCUAAAUUUGACUUGUUCAGUUUGUCAUGAUUUAUCAAAAAGUAUACAAACUUGUAUCCAAUUACACUACAUAAUUGAGUAAACAAAAAUCAUCAAAUGGACCCAAGUCAGAAUUUCAAGAAUAACACAAACUCUGGCCUCAAGUUCAGUGGUAGCAGCAGUGCAAAAAAAUUAUUUGACCAUUAUAAACACAUAGUAAUAGACUGUAUCUUCUGGACAACAUGUUGCCACUUGACAAAAUGAAAAAAAUGUAUGGUGGUAACUCAUGAUGUCAGUAAUGAGACGCCUGAGCUCUGAACAAAAAAUCUGCUUUUUAAACUCGAUUAGUUGGGUUUGAUGUACCCAGAUCCAGGUUUUGACUUCAUAGGUAAAAGACAUAGUAGCAUAAAUAACCAAAAAAUAUUUAUUCCUGGCUUACUGUCUAAUUCUCCCCAGUUAAUAAGUUAUUCUUAAAUGUAUUCAUUGUUACUGUAAUAAGUGGUGCUUUUGCAGUUUUAGAAUCAUGGAUCUAGAGCUGUGAAUCCCAAACUUUGUAUGCUAGCCACACAGAGGCACAAUUUAAAUAACUUAAGGCAUUAAUGUUCAAUAUAAAAUUUCAUCUUUGUUUUUUGUAGCUUUUACAUCAAAUACAUUUUGCCAUGUUUCUUUGAGUUCUGUAAAAUGUUUUUAAGACUGUACACUGAGUGAUUUGUAACACUGUGAGGUAUCGAACCACUGAUCUAGAGUAUUUACAAUGUGUUCCAGGUAAAGUGAAUGCCUUAAAUAUUUCACUACUUCAGCACCUUAAGUGAAGUCCAAGUGCUAUUUAAAAGUAGAGUGUUUUAUAUUCUGUACUUUCUAUUAAUCUAGAUUAAACUCUGAAACAUAUGAAGGAAAAAAUGCACACAUUGAGGGAAGUUCUUCACAAUUCAGCACAGAGUUCACUUGGGUUAUAGUAGAGCUUUUUUGGGGGGCGGGUUCUCAGCAAUAAUAUACCAGUCUUGUGUGACACUAUACCUCUAAUGUGCUUUGAUCUCAAGUGGAAGAUUGCUGGUGUGACUAUUUAUGAACAGCACAUUCCCAUCAGCAUGAAUCACUUGAAUCAAAGUCAAAAAAUUGCAAUAUAAAGACUUGUACUGUAUGAAUAACUUUUUGUCUGGUACAUUUGACACUGCUGUAAAUAUCUUCCAAAUAUUCUGAUGCUUUUCCACUUAUUUCCCUGAGUUCCAACAGUGAAUAAGUGAAAUUUACUGUUCCAUAGUUACAGAAGCUAACAUUUACAUGAAGUACACUAGCUGUGUCCAAAUGUCAUUGUCACUUAAACACUAAAAUAUUCUUUUAUAAAAAUGUUUUCUGUAAAUUAACUUUAAAAUGUGAAAAUAUUGUCUAAAGUUGAACAA